UUUCAACCGGGAUGUACGCGUCGCGGGCGUGGUAACAUAGAGUUGCAGUGUUUCGAUUGUACGUCACUGCGCUUUGUCUGCAGAAUUGUACAAAUUAGUUGAAGGUAUUAGCUUUUAAAUAAUGUAACCUGUGGAAUUCGUUUCCGAAGACUUUAGAAACACGACUCUUAUCAUAAAUAAAUGUGAAUUUUAGUCAAGUGCCGGUCCGUCCAGUGUAAAAUCGUGAAAAUAUAUAAUUUCCAAAGUUUUCCCGUUGGCUGAUCGUGAAACUACCUCACCAUGACUGUGACCUACACGGCGGAGGUGGCCACCUGUCGGGGGUUCGGCUGCUUUCUCAAGCUGCUUGUCCGAUGGCGUGGAAGUAUCUACAAACUAGUAUGGCUCGAUUUAAGUUGCUUUCUGUUGCUGUACUAUACACUAAAUUUAACCUAUCGCUUCGCCUUGUCCCAGGAACAAAUGCAGAUUUUUGAAGAAAUCGUCAAAUACUGUGCCACUUACAGCAACUUGAUUCCGCUCUCGUUCGUGCUUGGUUUCUACGUCACUAUUGUCAUGACCCGCUGGUGGAACCAGUACACCAGCAUACCUUGGCCGGACCCGAUAGCCGUUUUCGUCAGUGCCAACAUUCACGGCCAGGAUGAACGUGGCCGUGUGAUGCGUCGUACGAUUAUGCGUUAUGUUUGCCUCUGCCUUACGAUGGUGCUGACGAACAUUUCUCCGCGAGUGAAGAAGCGCUUCCCGACGAUCGAGCAUCUCGUGGAGGCGGGUCUGCUAAACGACAACGAACAUAAAAUCAUGUCCCACCUGAAUCAGAAGUUUCCGCGCCACUCGAAACACUGGCUUCCGAUCGUUUGGGCGGCCAGUAUUGUCACACGAGCCCGCAAGGAGGGCCGCUGUCGAGACGAUUUCGCAUCGAAAACGAUCAUCGAUGAGCUAAACAAAUUUCGCGGUCAAUGCGGGCUGCUCAUCUCGUACGACACUAUCAGUGUACCCCUCGUGUACACACAGGUCGUAACGUUGGCCGUGUACAGCUACUUCCUUACCUCUGUCAUGGGCCAACAGUGGGUUCACACCAAGGAACUGGGUGAGGGCGUCGUGAACAAAAUCGACCAAUACUUCCCAAUCUUCACCACGCUGCAGUUCUUCUUCUACAUGGGCUGGCUGAAGGUGGCCGAAUCUCUGAUCAACCCGUUCGGAGAGGACGAUGACGACUUCGAGGUGAAUUGGAUGGUGGACCGGAACCUACAGGUGUCUUACCUGAUCGUUGACGAGAUGCAUCACGAGCAUCCGGAGCUGCUGAAAGAUCAGUAUUGGGACGAGAUCUCCCCGAUCGAGCUGCCGCACACGGUUGCGUCGGCCGAAAUACGUGAGGAACCCCCGCAACCCUCGACGGCCGACAUCGUGGUGAAAAAGCGGGAGGCGGAGGUCAUACCAGUCGUGCCGACCGCAAUCCGCAUCGACGAAAUGGUCGGUAACAAGAACCAAGCGGUUGAGUAUAACUUCCCCGACAAAUCCAACGACGAUGAGAUGGAUGACAAUGUUAGUGGCAUUCAUUUUAAUGCAACUGAUAAGCCUAUGUAUCGCGGUGGAAGCUCUGCGGCAAGUUUGGGCAGCGUAGUAGGUACGAUGUCUCGGGUGAACACGGUCACGUCGGCUUUGAAGCGAUUUUUCAGCAAGGACGAGUCGAGUCGCCCCAACAGUGCAACACCAGAUGCAGGAUCCGUACCGUUUAAAUUCCCUGGUUCAGCCAGUUCUACUAACCUCAUGGGAAGGGUGCCGGAUCGAGCGAUGGGUAGUAUGCGCAUCACAGACCAGGUGAUCGAGGAGGUGGACGAGCAGCUAACCAUCACGUCGAUGCAGGGUAACAACGAAUCUCGGCCAACUGCGGCCAGUCUUUUUGAAAAUGGUCCACCGAAACCAAGUGAUCCAGUCGAUGUGCCACAGUCGGCGUACAAUCGCACACAGUCCUCGGUGGCCCAUGGAUUUCCCUCCCAGUUGACGCCCCCCGGCCCGGAUAACAUGAUGUCUGCGUCGGCACCGGAGACGGGACGGUUCGAGCACAAUUUUGUGCCCCUCAGUCCCACCGAUCCUGAUGUGGUUCCAAAUGUAGGCUCCUCGACGGGCAUUAACAGUAUGGUCGAUGAAACGGAUCGCGUUACCACAACGUACGAAAGCGAGGAGACCGAAAAGGAGCAAAUGGAGCGCAAGACACGUUUGCUGGCACGUUCGAUCAGUAAACAGGCUACUUUGGGUAUAAUCAAUACCGACAUGCUGCUCGAGGAGCUUACUAGGAGCACGGGUGAUCUCGAUUCGGAACGGAAACCUCCGCAUAGCACACCCGAUGGAGCGACGUCCGAUACGAACAGUAACGUCGAUACAACCUUAUGAUUCUACGUGUCUGACGCAGAAGAUAGUUUCAUUGAGGUAACCGUGAAGGAAGACAGCGCAGAAAGAUAGCAUCUUUAGCACUGGAUUGUGCAUCUUCCCGUUCGUGGAUGGAACUGGAAUUAGAGAUAAUUGCAUACCCUCAACAUGCACACAAUUCAUACGAAACACAACUGCACAAAACAAAUGCCAAAACGAACUGCUACGUUCGUUCACGAUAAAUCUCCUUCGCUCGACAGUCGUGCUAUCCAACAAACACACGUUCCGCAUGUUCUCUAGUUUGUAAGUUUUUUCUAAACACAACCCUCCGUGGAAGAAUACUUUAGGGUAAGUUUUAAACUUUCCACUCGACUCCAGAGACAUUUACAGCUGUUCAGAACAGAGACUCUACUCCCAACAGUAUUUGUUUUCGCUUUUCGUCAGCCCGAGUUAAUGAUUUAUGAGGACAAAAUUACUAAUGAGCAGGCCAAACAUAAUUUUGCACAUCGCAUUCUAAGCUUUUGGUAUUGAGUAAAGUAUAAUCUGUUCGAUUCAUGUGAAGUUAUGAAUAAGAAGAGAAAAUGGUGGCCUAGAUAGAAAAAGAAUGCGCCUUAAGUGUUAGCCUUCUCAAAUGGUUUAGCUCUCGGUUGCCAGAACCAAGUGAAAUGAUCGUCAACGUUUAUAUUUAUAGCUGUGUAAUUUUACAGAUAUUCAUGUCUAACGUUUAAUCAUGUUCUACAGCUUUUUGGGGCAAGUUAAAGUAUGUUAAGUUUAA